UUAAUGGCUAAAGGCAAGAAACAAGCUUCCUCUUCUUCUGUUUCAUCAAGUUCUGACUCAACAGUAUUCAAGUACAAACGCGGCGAGACUGUUUUAUGUUUUCAUGGCCCUACCGCGUAUCCUGCUCAGAUCCUUGAUUUCAGAAUAUUGUAUGAGAAUGAAGGAGGAGAUGUCGGACCCCAAUACCAAGUACACUACAAGGGUUGGAAUAAAAAAUGGGAUGAAUGGGUAUCGGAAUCUCGAAUUUUAAAGAUGACUGAAGAAAAUAUGGCAGCUGUUGCAAAUACGAAAUCAUCUAAUGCAGGACCUAGCAAUGUUACUGCAGUUUCUACUAAUCCAGAAUCAAUGGAAAAUAAUAAUGAUAUUAAUUCCAUCGCCAGUGAUAAUAAUAAAUCGACUAAAGCCCCCAUAUUAAAAGGUCGAGGCCCCAAGAAUGUGGUGGGUAUUCGGGUCUUUAAAAGAGCAAGAAAAAACAAGAUAUCAGUAAAUGUUUCUAACCAAGGAAUGCUUCGAUUAAUCGAUGAAUGGCAAUGGAAUACCAGGAAUCAAUUGCUUGUCCAUCCUUUACCACGUCCUAAUACAGUAGAUCAAAUACUAGAAGAAUUUUGUAACUUUCAGAUUGAAGAAUUAAAAAAUUCCGGUAGAAAUCAUGGAAGAAUUUCUAAAACCCAAGAGACUUUAAUACGUGAACAAGUAGCCGGGGUUCGAGAAUAUUUUACCGAAUCACUUCCGAUAUAUCUACUAUAUCGAUUUGAACGUCAACAAUAUGUAGAAAUGACCGAAAAAUACCCAAAACGACCGACAUCGUCAAUUUAUGGAGCUGAACAUUUAAUGCGUCUUGUGGUAAAAAUCCCUGAUUUGGUCCACGGAGUGCAGAUGAAAGAGCAAAAGGCGGAAGCAUUGGAAAAACUUUUUAAUGAUUUGGCAAAAUUCUUAGAAACACACUGUCAAUUAUGUUUCGCAAAGCAAUACGAAUUUGCUGCUCCUUCGUAUAUAAGAGUAAUUUGGGAAUAUUAA